UGAAUGGAGUGGCAAUUAUGGCGGCGGACGUGGAGAAGCGUGAGGAGAAUUUGGUUGAAGAGAAUUUGGUCGAAGAGCUGGAUACGGCCGCUGAGGCAGCUGUGCAGCGGAAGCCGGUACCUGGGGUGAUCUAUCUGGGGUACAUCCCGCCGGGUAUGGAGCUGGGUCUGCUACGGAAAAUGAUGUCCGCCUUCGGGGAGGUGGGCAGAAUCUUCCUGCAGCCGGCAGAUGAAAAGAAACCCCGGAGGAAGAAAAAGAUUGGCAGUCUUGGGAAAGACUUCACUGAAGGAUGGGUAGAAUUUCAGAACAAGGCAGUGGCUAAAAGAGUAGCCAGAAGUCUCCACAACACACCGAUUGGAACUAAGAAACGCAGCCGCUUCCAUGAUGACUUGUGGAACAUGAAGUACUUGCAUCGCUUUAAAUGGAUCCAUCUGAGUGAGCGCCUGGCCUACGAGAAGCUGGUGAAGCGACAAAGACUACGGGUGGAAGUAUCCCAGGCCAAGCGCGAGACAAACUUUUUCCUCCAGAAUGUGGAGAAGAGCAGGAACCUGGAGAAGUUGCAGGAACUGAAGCGGAAGAAGGGGGAGGAGUGGCAGGAGAAGAAUUGGCAUUUCCAUCAGCGGGCCACUGAGACGGAGAUCCAAGCCAGGAAGGCUACUGCUCAUGUGCCCACUGCCAACAAGGCCAAGGAGCUCAAGAGGGUGGCUGAGUUCCACAGGAAAUCCCAGACUAACACAUCACUCUUGGCCAAGAUCUUUAACCGUCCUAUGGAACAGGAGUAGGCCAUUACAGGCUCAAGGACUGAACUUCAAUACAGAGUAACCUCCUCAAUUGGAACAGAGGGAAAGAGACCUUGUUGGUUCUGACUGCAAAUGAUUAAAUGCAAAAGAUUGAUUCCAGGAGAACAGGGGUCUUGCGGAUUCAUUCAUUUCAGUUCGAAAUGCCCAUAUUGCAAAUGUUUGUUGCAGCCCUGGAGUAUGCAACAUUACCAGAGAUUUUUUUGCUGAGGGAGGAGCAAUAUGUAACCAGGACACACAUGUGCAGAGGGGAGGAAGAAUAUUUUCCAGAUAGGGGUUAUUUAAAUGACUAAUUAGCAGAUGCUGUAUUUUGCAUCAUUUUAAUUUGUUCAACAAUAAACUUGAUAUUCGAAUGUUGCUGUCUUCAUC